AGUAUUGGAACUGUUGUCUCUUGGCGAAGGACAACAAACAAGAGAUGGAGGACGGUACACACUCCCUUAUUUAGCACAUUAGUCACACCCACGCCCCUCCCCCUCCACCUACACGCCCUCGACAUGGCUCAAUCUCUUCCUUAGGGUGGCAAGAACCUCAUACAUACUUUAAUAGGCAGUGGUGACAGAGACAGCCAUGGGGGACUGUCAGCCGCCAGGGAUGGAUGACAUAGGUGUGGAGGGCCCAGAAUACACCUGCGACUGGUUCACGUGUGGGCUGUGUGGUGUGAGGACUUCCAGUAUCGAGAAUUAUGUGAGUCAUAUGGUCCUUCAGGAAAGGUGUGUCCUUCACCUUCAUCCUUCUGCUGCUGUGCGAGACCUCCUUCUGCCCAGAUUCUCAAAAGGGAGGAAGAAGAGGAGGAAGAGCUUAGGAGAAGAGGAAGAAGAAGAGCUGAUAGAAGACAUGAAGCUUGUGAAGAAGACAGGAGGAGGAGGAGGAGGAGAGGAGGAAGACAAGGAGGAGGAGAAGGAGGAGGAGGCGAAGAUGGAGGUAGAGACGGAGGAGGUGGAGAUAGGAGACGGAAAGAGGUGGAAAUGUAGAAUCUGCGGACUAACUUUCUCUCGGCAAGCUGCUAUACUCAAUCAUUUCAAGCUGCAGCACAGGGUUGGCGGCAGGGGGGGUGAGGGCAGGGAGGACCCCAGGGCAGCACUGGUGAAGGAGGAGGAGGCCGCAGCACCAGUCAAGCACAUUAUAAUGGUGGAGAUGAAGGAAGAGGUGGAGGCUAGACUUGGUGAAACGCAGCCUGUCAAAUCUUGGAAGGAACUUGGCUGUCGGAUUUGCGGCCAGGUGUUUAAAACGGGUAAGACACUCCGAGCACACAUGGGGGUGGUACACAGCGAACGUCGAGCCUUCCACUGCAACUUCCAGGGGUGCUCCUUCUCCUUCAAGACUAAAGGGUCACUCAAACGGCACCAGCGAAGGCAUACAGGAGAGCGCCCAUUUGCCUGCCAGCGAUGUGGGCGGUGCUUCCGAGAGUCAGGCUCCCUCACAAGGCACCAGCAGUCCCAGGGGUCAUGUGUCACCAAGCCAGACAUACACUUACCACUCUACGGCAGGACCCUUCCCUUCACGCCACUCCACGCUGAUCGGAAGGUAUUGGAGGGGAGGAGCCCCCCACUCCCCUCCUGCCGACACUCCCCCCCUGCCCACCCUGGCACUUUGGACGAGAAUAAGGCAUUAUUGAGGUGCCAAAUUGCAGGGAACCACAUAGUGAAGAUGGAAGAGAGUGGAGGCCAGCCCAACCACUCUCUAUCAGUGUGUAAGACUGAGCCACCACCACCACCGCCUUCCACUUCUCCACCUCCAUCCUCGCCUCUCGACAGAACUGAUGUGGGUGAGGGGGCGGUGGAGGAGGAUGUGAAGCCCCCACACCUCCUGCCAGACAUCCUGCGGAGAUCCUUCACCUGCCCAGUGUGUCUCAAGUCGUACUCCAGACAGCCCUCCCUUGCACUGCACAUCAAGCAACACCUCGAUGACCUUGGCGACCAGUGCAGCGAGUGCCAGUGUCACUUCGCCACUCGCCAGGCACUCGGGCGGCACCUCUCGGCACACUCCUCCCUGCGCCAGUUUGAGUGCCAGAUCUGCGGCAAAACAUUUAAAUUAUUAGGUCAUGCGCGGGCACACCUCACUGCACACUCCACCGCCAAGACUGUGCCCUGCCGAUACUGUCCUAACGUGUACAAGACUAAGAGCGCCCGCAACGCACAUGAACGGACACACACAAGUGGCGCUGUGUUUCCCUGCCCAGAGUGUCAGCGAGCCUUCACCACCAAGGCGUCACUGCUACGGCACCUCAGGACACACACUGGAGAGGCGCCCUUCUCCUGUAAAUACUGUGGCAGGAGCUUCAAGGAACAUGGCACUCUCAGUAGACAUCUGCGGCAUAAGGUGCCAUGCUGUGGUCAGGCCAGGCUGAACAAGGAGCAGGGAGACACUGGCAUCCAUCUGGCACCAAGCAGCACCACUGCCACCAUCAAGGCCGAGGGACACACACCAACCACUCACCACGAUGUCACACUCUCGGAGAAUGACCUGGUGUCCGAGGCAGGCAGCAGCGGCAGCAGGGAGAGGGAAGAGGGGGAGGGGGAGGGAAGAGACACCCAAGAGAGGUUUUUGUUGGUGCAAGAAGAUCCAAACACACUCGAUUCCUCCUUCUGCCUGCGUUUGGAUGCCACGACUCCAGGCACCAGUUUGGACAGAAGGGACCAGACCAUCUCCUUGUGACCUCCAGUGGUGACCUCUUGUGACCUUCCGUGACCCAGCGACGCCUCAGACAUGUAAACAAUUAAUUAAUCCCGUUUUCUGUAUGAUUCUAGAGUAUAGAUGUUCAGACACUG